UUGACACAUCAACGGCUGUCAAAAGUGUCAAAACAAACAGCUGAUCUGAACUCUGGAAAGCCUCACUAUUUGUUGGAAUUACAUAUAUAUCCUAAUAGGAACAAAAUGAUUGUAAGGAGGCUCCAGUUGCCCUUGAGACAGUUAAAUUUACUCUAUGCCGAUAAACAAGUUUUGCAGCAUGGAUUUAUCAGGACGGCCACCACAACCAAACACGGUAUAGUGCUGGGGGAGCCCCAAAAAGUGCCUUUUGGCCUCGUCAAGGUUCUGUUAACUGUUAUUCCUGGCCUAUUAAUUGGGGCCGGCAUCAGUAAAAAUAUCGCCAAUUUCUUGGAGGAAAAUGACUUGUUUGUUCCUUCCGAUGAUGAUGAUGACGAUGACUAAUUGUCGAUAAGUAUUGUUGUAGUUAAUUUGCCAAACGUGUAAGCUCUCGAAUGACUGAACAGUCUUAAUUUAUCUAAUAUAAUACUUAAAAGGCUUCCUUUUGUAUAUAGUUUUCUUAAACAUGUAUUUAUUUAUUUACUUGAGCAUUAUUUAAUAUAGAAUCUAAAUAAAAUACA